AUGCGCGUAACCCCGCGACGGAUCCCCUCGAAAUGGAUCUUACAACCGCAAAUCUCACUGCAAAUCAUGUUCGAUCCACUUCCACCACAGUCCCGAAUUCUGGUUACCGGUGCUAAUGGGUUCGUCGCCUCGCACAUCGUCAACCUUCUCCUCCAGCGGGGCUACCGAGUACGCGGGACUGUCCGAGAGCCCCGACCGUGGCUGGACCAAAUGUUCCAAAAGUACGACUACGAGUCCACCAUCCUUCCAGACCUGGCUCAGCCGCACGCCAGCCUCUUCGAGGGCGUUGCGGGCGUAGUGCUAGUCGCAACGGACAAUUCAUUCGACCGGGACCCCGCACUGAUCGAGCGAGUCGUGCAGGGGACGCUGGCGAUGCUCGAGGCAGCCAAGAACACCGCUGUCAAGUCGGUGGUGCUGACAUCAUCGUCUGCAGCAUGCAAUACCUUGACAUAUGCGUCGGAGCCUACAGUGAUCGACAACGCCACGUAUAACGAUGCCGUCGUCGCAGCCGUGCAAGCUGGAACCCGGCUCGAGAGGGUUCCUGGGGAAACAGUCUAUGCAGCGUCCAAGACAGAGGCGGAGCGUCAGGCCUGGAAAUGGGUCGAGGACAACAAGCCACCCUUCCGGUUCAAUACGGUAGUUCCCGACAACGUGGUGCGUAAUUCCCAUUUCCAGAGACGUGCAUUAGUGCUAACGUUUCAGAUUGGCUCCCGCGUCAACCCUAACGUCAGUGAAUCAAUCGCGCCCGUUCGGGCGUUCCUACAAGGGUGGUACAUCGACGUGGAAGACGUUGCCCGUCUUCAUAUCGCUGCGCUCCUCGACCCGAACAUUCAGUCGGAGCGCAUCUUUGGUACAGCGGCCAAGUUCAGGUGGACCGAUGUCAUCGCGAUAAUGCGCCGGCUGCGUCCCAACAACCCCAAUAUUCCAGAUGCGCCGAACGACAUUCAAUGCCCAUUUGACUAUGCGUUGGCUCCGCGAGCCGAGCAAAUUCUACUGGGUUUCUCGGGCUCUAGUUGGGUCUCUUUGGAGGACUCCCUCGAGCAAUCUAUUGUUGAUCUCGAGUAG